ACAAAUUGGAUCAGUUCACCUCAGCAGAAGCGGCAUUUGGGAGACGAGUUUUACAGCGGGUUCUACCGGCUGAGAGGACUUGGACCCAUCUGUCUCCCACUCUACUUCAUUGUAGCUUGGGUAUAUCAUGUGCUUGGACUCUCCAAGCAGUGCACAGGAGAAGGAAUGUUGGACUUACCUGAAUGUUUGUUCUAUGUGCACUGCAGGAGAGUCCAAUCCCACCCUGGUUCAGUUCUGGUCUGUGGUCCUGGAGUGGUCGAUUUCAUCAGUUGGGCUACAUCCUCUCCCGAUCCAUCACUUCAUUGAAAAAACUGAGGCUCAGCUGGGAGGAAGAGGCAUGGCCAAAGAUUUUGCAAGUCAGUCUUUGGCCAAUCAGACUAAUUGAAACCCAUGCUUGGAUUCUCCUGCAGCGCACAUAGAAUGAACGUUCAGAUCCAAGAAUGGACAUUAUAACCUAUGAUGAUUACUCCAGUUCACCGCUUCAGAGAUAUUGAGAGGAAACCAGAAUAUCUUCAACCGGACAAGUGUGUCCCACCUCCCAGCCACAGUUCCUCAGGAACAAUGUGGUUUAUUCGAGAUGGUUGUGGUAUUGCCUGUGCAGUUAUCACCUGGCUCCUGGUAUUUUAUGCUGACUUUGUAGUGAUCCUCGUAAUGCUGCUUCCAUCAAGAGACUAUAUUUAUAGUGUAAUCAAUGGAAUAGUUUUCAAUACUUUGGCAUUCCUGGCUCUGGCUUCACAUUUGAGAGCAAUGUUAACAGAUCCAGGUGCAGUGCCCAAAGGUAAUGCCACAAAAGAAUUCAUAGAGAGCUUACAGCUGAAGCCAGGACAAGUAGUUUAUAAGUGUCCGAAAUGCUGUAGUAUCAAACCGGACAGAGCACAUCACUGCAGUGUUUGCAAGAGAUGUAUACGGAAAAUGGAUCACCACUGCCCAUGGGUUAAUAACUGUGUGGGAGAGAACAACCAGAAAUACUUUGUACUAUUUACAAUGUAUAUAGCACUAAUUUCUCUGCAUGCUCUAAUCAUGGUUGGAUUUCACUUCCUAUAUUGUUUGGAAGAAGACUGGACAAAGUGCAGUUCUUUCUCUCCACCAACCACUGUGAUCCUUCUGAUCCUCUUGUGUUUUGAGGCUCUCCUUUUUCUCAUUUUCACAUCUGUAAUGUUUGGAACGCAGGUACAUUCCAUCUGCACUGAUGAAACAGGUAUAGAACAGCUUAAAAAAGAGCAGCCAACCUGGGAAAAAGCAAGCAGCUGGGAAGGGAUGAAAUUGGCUUUUGGGGGUAAUUUUUCACUGCGAUGGUUCAGUCCCUUUUCAGACCUGAAUUGCAAGAAGACUCCACCAGCUGGGACUGCAACAGUUGCUCGAUCGGAGAUGGUUGUGCAAGAAGCCUUUGAACCACUUUAUGAUCCAAUGAUGGUUGUGGAAGUAUUAAGUGAUUAAUAUAAAACAUCUUUACAAAUUUGUUCUUUCCAUAUUUGUGUACUUGACAGUUAGCUUUAAGGUACCACUGAUGCAGAAAACCAUGGAAUAUUUCAUCUUCUAGCUAAGGACCUCACUAAACAAAAAUAAUGCAACUACUUUCCUACACAUUUAACUGGUGAUGGGUUAAUUAUAUUUCAAGAAUUGUACUUCAUUACAGAAAAAUUAACCUAUUAUCUUGAUGGGACAGCUUCUAAAAACGUGCAAUAAAAAUGCUGUUUAGGAGAAAAUUGCCAAAGUUGAUUUAACCAGUUAAAUACGAGGAGUAUGUUUUCUCAAGGUUCAAUGACUGGCCAAAAUCUAAAUUCAGGAAUAUAAUUCUAAUCCAUAAAAUUCCUGCUGAAAUUCAUUGUGAUCAUUUUAAGUGGUCUCUUUAGGAGAUAAUAUAUGUAGCCUAAAUUAUUGUUUGUACCACAAAUGAUCAUUCUAUUGCAAGCAGAACUACAAAAGUUAUACAUAAUGGCUACUUUUAAAUUAACUCAUAUUGAUUAUCUCAAAAAAGUUUGGGAUGGGCAAUUAUAAGACCUCGUUGGGCAAUUAUAGACAAAAGAUAAAUUACGUUAUCAAUCUUUCAUUGUUUUGAAAGAGGCCAUUAGAUGGUUUAUUUACAAAUGUCCAAAUGGUCUAAUUUUAGCAGCGGUGUGAUUUGUUCAUGCAAUUCUUAAAAUUCCACAUCUGGGAUUCUCUUCUGUACAUAAUGGAAGCUCAUGCACAUGUCCCUCAAGUGUGCGCUUGUAUAUGAUUGAGAAAGAUAAUAUAGAUAUUUCCAGCAGUUAGUUGUCUUACUGCAUGGAUUUGGUUGAUGAGGUAAGCCCACGAGUGAAUUCUCUGUACAGAUUAAAAACAGACCAAUUAACUUUAGUGUUUACAAUACAAUAUAAUACAUUUUAAAUAAAAUGCCAUGGACAGGGUUGUUGGAGAUAUUUCAAGACUGAUUUUAACUCUAGAAACAACAGUGCUGCAAAACACUAUUGUGGUUUGGCAAUGAGGAUUAUCUCUGGGAAAGGAGACCAAUGAAUCCUGCUUUAAGAAAAGAUUGUAUUAUUUAGGAAUAUGAAGGCCAAUCCCUAAUGGGCUCAAUAUCUUAUUUCAAUAUUUGGUGCUCUUUUUAUAGUCUGUAUUCUUUUAUAAUCUAUCACAGAAACCUGCCUUAUGCUGCUGCUCACUUGAGAUUGCAUUUGUGAACUCUCUUAGUUGGCUGUAAUAUGGUCAUGGCUUUUCUGUAUUUGUACAUCUCUAUAUGUCCCAAAGUGCUUUUCCAACUUUCUUGGGGUUUUUUUUUUCUUAAACAUUUUGCUUCUCAUUCAAGAAGCUUCUUCAAUUCUGAUUGAAUGAUGGGGAAUGGAAGGAUUUAUAUUCUUUGCCAUUAUUUGGUCGUUCCUUCUCUUCUGCCCUAUUCAGUCAGAACUGAAGAAGCUUCUUGAAUGAGAAGCAAAAUGUUUUCAAGGAAAAAAACCAAGGAAGUCCAGUUUUUUAAAAGUUGCCUUUUAGAAAAGCACCUUUGGGAAAACCAUGACCUGGAUGAUUGAGAAUCUCCAUAGACAUACAUUUCUACAUGUUAGAUUCUGUUUGUUUUCAGACUCUUUGCAUCUCAUAGAAAAAAAGGAGGGAAAUGGCAUUAAAAAGUGUGGGAAGAUACAUUCUGAGGUUUAACUGGAAUAAUUUUAAAAGACUUCUAUAUUAAAUAAGUGCCUUAUUUGUAUCAAGUCUGUUUUAUAAUGCUUUAUUUUACCAACUGAAACCAAAUGUUUUUAUACUAUAUUAAAAUGAAUCUGCUUUUAACCAAAGAUUUUUGUUUGGCUUUCUUCCUUAAGUGAAUGUUGGCAUUAUACUUUUGGAGCCUAAGAAGAUCCUCAGGGUAAAUAACCACUUCAUCUGGUUUCUAGUACAGAUGACAUCUCCCUCCAGCAAGGCUUGCCAAGAUGUUUCCGAACAGUUCGCCAACAUGUUGGAAGUGUAAAAAGGCUUAUGGAACAUAUUAUCAUCUAUGGUGGACAUGCCCAUUUGCAAAAAAGUAUUGGGCCAAAAUCAGACAAUGAUUGGAAGAGAUAACUGACCAACCCAUAGAUUGGAAACCGGAGACAUUUAUGUUGGGAAUAUUUACUAGGAAAUAUAUCAAAGAAAUACAAUACCUAAUUUUACAUAUAAUAAUGGCUGCAAGAAUAUCGUAUGCAAAGAACUGGAAAGAUAAUAAUAUACCAACUGAGGAAGAACUGAUAAGGAAAAGUCUGGACUGUGCUGAGACAGACAAAUUAAUGAAGGAAAUAACAGAAAAGUAAGAUACAGAAUAUUAUGCAGUAUGGAACAAAUGGUACAAUUGACUGGAGAUUAGAAAUAAUAAAUAAGAAUGAAUGGAGAAAGGUCACAAACGGAUAAUGUUUGUAAAAUAAUUUAUAGUUGUAAUAUUAUAUGUGAAAGAAUAUAUAUAUAGAAAUAAGGGAUAAUGGGAUAAUAAGGAUAAAUAUAUUUAAAGAAGAGUAAGGGGAAAAUGUAAAUAAUAGAAGACUACCAUUAUGAAAUUGUUGUAAAAAGGGAAUAUAUGGUUUGUGUUUGUGUUUGUCAUGCUCUGUUGUUUUAAAAAUAAAAAUUAUUUUUAAAAAACAAUAA